AUGACUCUAUCAACUCGUAAUGACAGCAAUGUCUUUAAAGAAUUCGAAAUCCACCGACGUUCUACAAACAACCAUAUUAUAAGCUACUUCGAGUGCCUCGGUCAACACCCAAGCGGGGACGGUCUUCCUGGCCUCUUAGAUAGAACCCCAAGAGAGAAUUCGCAAAUAUUGAUGUUGAAAGACAUCUCUAUUAGCGCGGUUCAAGAGCUCAAAAUUCUCGAAAGCAUCAUUGGCGAAAUCAUCAAGCAAGAGAAACCUCUUGCGAGCUCCGUGUCUCCAAGCGUUCUUUCAUGUACGGUCUUCUGUCUUGCAGUCGCAUACGCCUUGUCGAAUCCACCACUGUCGGUAUUUUUCAAGACAGUUACAGUCGUCGGGUCAGCUUUUCUGACUAUUCGUUUGGUCCGAAAGUAUCUGCAGCGGAGGCAGCUUGUACCUCUUCAGCACAAGGUCCAAGGACUGGGUCGGGCGUUCAAGAAUGGGACAAUUCGGUACAGGGACUUGGAUGAGGUGGUUGUUUCGCCUCUUGACUAG